AUGGUUCACAAGCCUACUCCGAGUCCUAGCUCUGCUAGUGACACCUUUCAUUUGGAAAAGACCGAUGUUCUCAUUGUUGGCUCUGGCCCAAUCGGUGCCACCUUCGCUCAUACCCUCGUCAAAAAGGGCAUCAAGGUCACCAUGAUUGAUAUCGGCCAGCAGGAAACUCGCCGUGUCGGCGAUCAUAAGAAGAAUAGCGUUGCAGUUCAGAAGGAUAUCAGCUUGUUCACGAACACUGUUAAGGGAGAGCUGCACCCACUGUCGGUGCCAACCAAUUCCGCAAGGCCUGUGAUUGAGCCAGCAUCCUGGUCUCGCAGACCUACUGACUCAGCCUAUGUCCUUAAUGGUCAGAACCCGGAGCAGAAGGCCUAUGGUAACCUACCUGCCGCAGCCGCAACUCGUGUUGUUGGCGGUAUGGGAUCUCACUGGACAUGCUGCACCCCUCGACAGCACAAGGGGAUUGAACGGUCUGACCUUUUCAGCGACAGUGAGUGGAACGCUCUCUACAGUCGGGCUGAGAAGCUCUUCAAGAAGACCGACGACGCUUUUGAUGAUUCUGUUCGCCAGAGGCUCGUCAAGCGCGUCCUUACGGAGGCCUAUCCCGAUCGUGAGAUGAAGAGCAUGCCGUUGGCCUGCAAACGCAAACAAGGUAACAAAGAGUACGUUGAGUGGUCUUGCACUGCUACCAUUCUUGGUGAGCUGUCUACGCCAGAGUACUUUUAUAAGGGCGAAGAACGACUGUUCGACAUCAGGCCCAACACCCAGUGCGACAGGCUUGAAGUGGAUGCCCUGGGCCAGAUUCACUACGCCGUGAUCAACGACCUUGAAAACAACAAAGAGUACUACAUCGAGGCCAAGAAGUACGUCGUCUGUGCCGGUGCCGUUCUUACUCCGGGUAUUUUGUACAAGUCUAAGUUGAAGGGCAAGCUGCCUAUGCUGGGCCAUUACUUGACUGAGCAGCCUAUGGCGUUUUGUCAAGUCGUCCUUGAUAGGACUCUAGUCAACAGUGUCCGGGACGAAGAGGCUGUCAAAACUCACACUGCAGCGCAUGAGAAUGACCCGCUCCCCUUUCCCUUCAACGAUCCUGACCCUCAGGUUUACUUCCCGGUGUCCGAGAAAUAUCCUUGGCAUACUCAGAUUCAUCGUGAUGCCUUUGGCUAUGGCGAAGUCCCGUCCAACAUCGAUCAACGCCUCGUUGUCGAUCUUCGCUGGUUUGGCUACAUGAAACCUGAAUAUGAGAACUGUGUCACAUUCUCUACCGAGACCAAAGAUCAGUUUGGAAUGCCUCAGCCAAUCUUCAACUUCAUCUUGGAUGAGGAAGCGGAAGAGCGCUGCAAGCGAAUGAUUACAGACAUGAUCGAUGUUGCUAGAAAGCUUGGCGGCUUCCUUCCUGGUGCUGAGCCCAAGUACCUCGCUCCUGGAUCUGCUCUCCAUAUCUGCGGCACAUACCGCGCGGGCAGCACUUCAGCUGAUAGUGUUGUCAACAAGAACGGCAAGGCUUGGGGCGUUGAUAACCUUGUUCUUGGAGGAUGCGGUGUCAUUCCUACCCAGAAUGCUUGCAAUCCUACCCUCACUGCUGCUUGUUUCGCUCUUGCAGCCGCUGACAAGAUCAUUGAAGAUCUUCAGGUCGACCAGUGA